AUGUCCGCCCAUUAUGAGGGCGUCAAUUUCUGGGGAGUGCUAAUCAACCCGGAUAAAAGCCCCGCUCCGUUGUUAGAGCAACUCUGUCUGGGGAUUGCCCAGGUCAUGACCUCCUUCGAUGAAUUCGCUACCACCGAUCUGACCCCCGAGCGACUCGCCGCAUUUUACAACAAAGUAGGCGGCAAUUACGACGUCCUGUUCCUCGAGACGAAACCCUCGGCGCUAUCCUUUAUUUACCAGCGACUAGGCUGUUUUCACAGCAUCCAACCCUCCACCGAUCCCUACAAACCCCCCUCUGUCCCCGCGCUACAGCCCAACGGCUUCGUGCGAUGGCAAACUAUCCAACUACUCCUGGAUCCGGACGAGCAUUCAAGAUACCUUCAAAAUGCAGUCGAAUUGUGGGAUAUUGAGGCCCCGAACGGCGGCUUCUUCCCCAAGGAGAUCCCCCGGGCAGCCUUCCCGACCGAAUCGGACGCGGAAAUGGUAGAAUGGCACGAGGAGGUCAGUCGACGGUUUGAAUUCGAUUACUGGAAGAAGAAUAUCUUUCGUUCCUCUCCGCCUAGUUUCGGAACCUAUUACUGCCACUUCAGUCAGAAGGAAACUCCAUCUCCAACCCCUAAGGAAGAUAGCUGCGCGAAUAAUAAUACUAACCAUCCUCGAUCCUCCCCUACUCGUCGUCAGCACGCGACGACGACAAACAUCCCAACUAAUCGACACCGACGUCGUAGCGCGGAAGUCCCCUCUUCGUCCAGUGGACGAGUCCAUUCUACAUCUACAUCCACACGACGAGAAGACCUCCCGCCGCAGUUCACAUUCACGGCCCCGCGCGCUCCAUCACCACCAACCUGGUCGCGACAACCCGUCAAGACUCGCGGCCGCGAACGUUCUUUCGCCCGUCCUGUGAGUCCCAGGACGGUAUUCGGAAAUGGAAACGAAACAUCAGAUGCAUCAUCAGAGGAGUCCCUCCGCGAUCAACAUCAUUCUCCGCGGAUAAAUCGACCCUGCUACAAUGAGACCCUAUCCCCGCAGCCGUCAACAUUCCAUACUCGUCGCCAUUCCCACGAAGCUUACUUGCGUAAACCUCGACGCGAGAUAUCCCCUGAUUCUCCUCCCCCGAGACAAUACGUCCCUCGAGAGUAUCAUCCCGAUCCGGGACGACUGUAUGAUUCGGAUAGUGCGCGACGUGUCCGUGGAAAGGGCUAUGAAGAUCCUAGCGUGGGAUUCAGGGAACAUAGUAUGUUUGAUCCGGCACGGUCGCAAAGUGAGAUGUUGAUCUUUGUAAUGAUCCGCGGAGGAGCUACCGAAACAGUACCAGUGUUAAUCCUGGGAGUGAACGGCGAUUUCCUGGACGACGAUGGGGUAGAGGGAUUCCAGAUGAAUAUGGGACUAUAUAUGAGCGUUGACCUGUUUUACUUGUGUGAGAUAGUUUGA